AUGGAAGAGCUCAUAUUGCGAAAGAGCAUUUCUUUGUCCACUGUAAUUGAAAAAUGCAUCUUCUUUAUUUUGAUAUGCAUGGUGAAUUGUAGCCCUCCAGAAGAUCCUGUGAAGUGUACAGUCAAUAACUCUAAUUGCACCAUUACCAAUACCUAUGGUGCAUUCCCCGACAGAAGCAUAUGUCGUGCGGCAAAGGUUGUCUAUCCUACGACAGAAGAAGAGCUUAUAUUGGCAGUUGCAAAUGCGACGAUGGCCAAGACAAAAAUGAAAGUAGCAACUCGCACCUCACAUAGUAUUCCUAAGUUGGUCUGUCCCGAAGGCAAUAAUGGACUUCUGAUAAGCACCAAGUACCUGAAUCGAACGUUAGACGUUAAUGUCUCGAGCAUGACGAUGACUGUUGAGAGUGGGAUGACACUCAGGCAGCUGAUCAAUGAGGCUGCAAAGACGAAACUGGCUUUGCCUUACGCACCAUAUUGGUGGGGUCUGACCAUCGGUGGAAUGAUGGGAACAGGUACUAUUAGAAAGGGAUCAGUUGUUUACUUCAAUUUUUUAAUUAAGUGA